GAUAAUACACCCACUACUCGGUGGCUGGCAUAUAUGGGACAGUCCCUUUUGUGUAUGAGUAGAAUUCAAGAUCGUUCGAGAACGAAAGAAAUCUGACUGCGCCUGCGCAAUUAGCUAGCCGGAUAUUGCUUAGCGAUUGCUGGAAAUACGGGUUGAAGGAAGAAAUAUUGAGAGGAAAAUCUUUGAUUUUCGACAGAUUGUAACUUCCAGUUCAACAAUAGGUUGAAAUACUGACAUCGAUUCGUUAUUAAAAGCAGUUAUAAAGUGACUUCUACACCUGAGGUGUUAAAUUCCCAAUUGUCAUUAAAAAACUGAAUUGAAGCAAGAUGGUGAAAGAAACUAAAUACUAUGAUGUUCUUGGUGUAAGGCCUAAUGCAACUGAGGCAGAAUUAAAGAAAGCAUACAGGAAACUUGCACUCAAGUAUCAUCCAGACAAGAACCCUGAUGAACCAGAAAAGUUCAAGGAAAUCUCCCUCGCAUAUGAAACUUUGUCGGAUCAAAAGAAGCGGAAAAUAUAUGAUGAAGGAGGGGAACAAGCUGUCAAAGAAGGAGGUUCAGGAGGGGGCAUGCAUGACCCCAUGGACUUGUUUGAUAUGUUCUUUAAGUUUGGGGGUGGGUCAAGAGGUCGGGAUAGGAGAGGCAAAGAUGUGAUCCAUCAGCUAGGAGUUACUCUGGAAGAACUGUAUAAUGGAUCUGUUAGAAAACUGGCUCUUCAAAAACAGGUUGUGUGUGACAAGUGUGAAGGAAGGGGAGGAAAGAAGGGAGCAGUAGAAAAGUGUGGAACAUGUCAUGGUACGGGUAUGCAGGUUCAUGUGCGACAACUACAUCCAGGAAUGGUUCAACAGAUUCAGUCUAUGUGCUCAGCAUGUGAAGGACAGGGAGAGCGCAUUAGUGCUAAGGAUAGGUGUAAAUCUUGUCAUGGUCAAAAGGUCAUUCGGGAACGCAAGAUCCUAGAAGUACAUAUAGAUAAAGGUAUGAAAGAUGGUCAGAAGAUCACAUUCCGUGGAGAAGGAGAUCAGGAACCUGGACUGGAGCCUGGAGACAUUAUUAUUAUCCUUGAUGAGAAACAACACGAGACCUUCAGGCGGCGAGGUAACGACCUCCUCAUCAUGUCCUUUAAGAUUGACUUGGUAGAAGCACUCUGUGGAUUCCAGAAGGUCAUCAAUACACUAGAUAAGAGAGAGAUUGUUGUCAUGGCACAUCCAGGUGAAAUCAUCAAACCAGGUGACAUCAAGAUGGUUGUGGGUGAAGGAAUGCCGCUCUAUAAGAAUCCCUUUGAGAAGGGGCGCCUCAUAAUUCAAUUCCAAAUUAACUUUCCAGAGAACGAUGUUAUCCAGGAGAGUAACCUUCUUAAACUAGAAACCAUCUUGCCGCCCCGUGAGGAGUGUAUUGUUACAGAUGACAUGGAGAUGGUCAACCUUACAGAAUACACUUUAGAACAUGAAUCACAACGUCACCGUGGAAGUGGGCAUGCAUAUGAGGAAGACGAUGAGGGUCACAUGCCACGUGGCAUGCAAUGUCAAUCACAUUAAUACUUGUCUAAUGGUCCAUAGAGCUGAAUACAUUUGCUAGUCAUCUACCAGAUGUGUGAAUGUAUAACCACCUGAAAAUAUUUAAAGAAAAUCUUCUCUAAACAACGUUCCCGGUUUUGGAUGCAACAGCUUAAAUAAAGUUUCGAGCGCUGUGAUGUAUUGUCCCCUCAUAAUUUGGCAUAAAACAAACACAGGACAAAAAAUUUUAUCCUCCACUGAUAUUAAAACAUUAACUUUGUUGCAGAUAAAUUCAGUAUAAACUAAAUUCUGUCAUCUGUAUUUUCCAAUUAGUAUUCAACACAAUGAAAUUCCUUCUACCUGCCAAUGUGAAAUUAUAUGCUUAUUGUACCCAAUAUACUUUCUACUUUGUCAAAUAAUGGGCAUAGCUUAAAAGAAUAGUGCUUUUCAUAAUUUUGUUUUUCUAUCCCUUUUUUUUCCUUGGCAAUUUAUCCUCCCCCCUGUAAGAAUGAUGAUUUCUUUAUAGAAAACAGGAAAUACAGUAUGAGAAUUACGAGAAGCAUUAUAACUCUGUUAUGUCUUCACAUACGUAUAUGCACCUGAGAUCUUAAGUUCAGGUACACAACAGGUACAUGCGUACAGAGAUGUCAACUGUUGGUUUUUUGCAGUAUUCUAUACCUUUGAAAAAAAAUGAUGCCGGCUUCAUUACAAAAUUAUUAGUUCUCCAGACUCAUAUUGUUCUAGGGCUAUUGCAGAAAAGUUGAAACUAUUGUUUUUCACCCAAAAUACUUAUUUUCAUCCCUCGGAAUACUGUCAAUCUUUUGGUUAUCAUUCCUUGGUGUAGUAAAUCUUUUGGUUUUGCACCGAUAAGAUUGUAAUGCACAAAUACAUGUAACAGGAGGCUUGGCAUAUAAGUGGAGAUGUAAUUACAGUGCCUCCCAGAUAAGAACAUAAUAGCUGACUUGAGUAAACAAUGAAUCCCAAAUCCAAUAUUAUUAGGUACUUUCUUUUGCACUGGUAUUUGAUGAUGGCUCCCUUUAUGACAAUGUUAUUAUUUUACCUCAUUUUCAAUUGUAAAAAAGGUGGCAUUUGUCUUGCAGAUAUUUUGUAUGUAAUUAUAUUUUCUUUUUAUGCAAAUAUUUGGUGAAAUAAGAAUGUUAACUUGAUUAUUCAAAUUAUUUUGGCUAUGCUGAUGUCUAUUCUGACAUACAACAUUGUUCAAAAUAUGUUACAGACAUAUCAUAGCUGUGGAUAGGUUUCAUACUGUAAAGCACAAAGUUUAGGGUUCAAAUGCUACCACAACACUUUGGUAAGACAUUGAUCUCUUUUUUGCUGCAGUUAACCCAGGUGAUGUCAAGGGAUAUACUGACAGGAAUUCAUGCUUUGGAUUGCAUAAGAGCAAUAUCUAUGCUAAAGCUAGGGUAAUAAUUAUUACUCUAGCACUCUUAAAACACCAAAAGAGUGUCAGUGUUAUAUUCCAGCAGUCAUCAGAGAUAGUGUUUUGAUUUGGAAAAUAAAGGUGAUUGUUAUUAAUACAGUAUUAUUAUUGAAUAAAAAUUCUAUGACAUUUUGAUCUCUGCAUAUUUGUAUAUAUGUGUUCAUGAUCUUUAAGUACGAGUAUGUAUUUUAGAACUAGUAUUCCUAUUACAUGAAUGUAUGGAAGGAUCAUGGUGCAGUGGUUCUCACCCUGUCAAUUAGUGGGUUGUGGGUUCUAAUUUAACACACUGUAUAGUUGAUAUACUUUAGACACAUUCGGCGUGUUACUACAGAGACUUGGUAAACGGUAUUACCCGCGUAAGUAUCCAGACUUCUGAAAACUUUCCUGUUGAAAUAGAUGCGAUGCAGUUUAUUGAUAAACCGCAUUGGGCAAAAUACGAUUUCUCAUUUCCGCGACGCGCAAUGUGAGUUAAUCAGAUUACCCGCUCUGUAGACACAGGUUGGUUUAAGGGCGAUACGGUUUUUCGAUUCCGGAAAAGAUUAAGAGUUUUAAACAAUUCUCUAUAGAAACACGCCGAUGGUGUUGUUAUUGAGUCAGGUAGAGUGAAUGAGUGACCUGUAGUAUUUAUUUGUGGAAUACACAAAUCACUACAGUUGCUUGAGGUAAAUGCUGCUAUUAGUGAUGUAUGCUUUAUGAGAGUGGCAUGAUAAAGUUAUAAGCUAUGAAUUUAUGAUAUUUAGAGGAGGCAAACAAAUUUUUUUUUCUUUUAGUAAUGGUCAUUUGUAGAAUAUGUGCAUAUUAAAAUCACCAUUAGAAUUUGUUUAUUAUUGAAUGAUGUACAUAAGUUUCAAUGUGAUAUGUAAAGGAGAUAACAUGAGUGAGUAAUGAGAAGGAAACGUAUAUGCAAGAUACUUGCUCAAUGAGAUAGCAUAAAGCAGGUAAGACUUCAUUUUCAUGUACAUUAAGGUGGCUUCAAUGUUUGAUUCAAAUGAUCUUGGAAGUAUUUGUGCAAUUAUGAUUGUUUUGUGAAAUGUCUAUCAAAAUGUACGUAAAAAGGUCUCCUUACCCAUACAAUAAUUUUUUUUAAUUCUCCCAGAAAGAGAAAAUAUAUAUAUGUGUAGUAAUUAUUUAUUUCUUUGCAUUAUGAAAAGCGACAUGUAGGCAUACCCAUGGAUUUUACAUUUGUUUCCUAAUAAAACUAAGAAAGAAUAAUCUUUAUUACUUUGAAUAUUUUAAUCAUUUCCUAUUAAAUAAAGGGGAUCCCAUAUGUAUUCAAAUACUGAUACUUGAAAUGUGUACUUCAUAUACAUGUAAGAUGGCUCAACAUUUGAAUGUAUUUAACAAACAAUGAGAUAUUCCAAAUGUUAUUAUGAUGUUGUAUAUCUAUUCAUCAUUAUGAACAACAAAACCAUUGCAUUUAUUGCAUAUUUUACCAUUUUUGGCCUUUUAAUGGUGAAUACCAAAAUAAAGGCAGCUGUACCUUACAUUGGUUUUAAAAAAAAGAAGAAAAUACUCCAAAGGAUUUGUUGCUUUAUUGAACUGGAAACUGCAUUACUGACUAUCCUGCAUUGAAGUGAAAAUUGAUGAACACUAGAAUUGAAUUAUUAGUAUGUGUAUUACCUGUUAUAUUUGAAUUGACCAAUUCCAUGUCCUUGAAAUCAUUCCAUCAGUUCACAAUUGGCAUUUUGCAUGAUAUAUUGAAAUGAGAUUUGUUAAGUUAAAAGUUGAAAAUAUAAACAAGAAACACAAGCAUUCAACAAAUUUUACAAGUCAGAGUCAUUAAUUUAUGGUCUCAAGAUCAAGUGGUGACAGAUUCAAUAAUUCAAACUUACCGUAUGAAUUGAUGUCUCUAGACUUUCAUGCAAUACACCCAGCAUUGUGAGUCUGUGGGGGAAUAAAUUUGAAGAAUUGUCACAUGAUCACUCAGAAAAUCAGCCAUAAUUACUGUCACUGAUGCAGUUUUUCACCUAAAACCUUUGCACAUAUGUCAUACUUUUUUUCUUUUUUUUGAAAGCAUUACUUAUCAAAGUGAUAGUUGUUGGUGUGUCAGAACACCAAUAUGCUAUUAUUUGCAUUAAGAACAAAUGGAUAAGUGUUACAAUGCCAAUAGAUCUUUGCUACCUGUUCAGCAUAGAAAGCAGUAUGCUAUGAUUGUUAUGAUGAAAAAAAUCAUGGUUUAUAAAAUAAAUGAUACAAAUGUAAAGAUGCAUGAAAAUAUAUGAACUGCACCUGAGGAAUAUCUUGUGAUUCCUCUAUUUUCAAGUUGUUAUAUGAAAAAUAGUAUUGUCUUUAGCAGGGAUGUUGAAUUCUUUUCAUGACCAGGGAAGGGGGGAAUAGGUGUGGGGUUUGAAAUGACACCUGAAAAACAAGUUUAAUAAAAGAACAUCUUAAAAGAUUGAGCUGUGUUUGAAAUGUACUAUUUUUCAACAUGUUUAAAAUGGAAAGGGGCUUAGUAUUUCAAACCUAAAACAUGGUGUACAAGUGGGCUCUGCAGUGGUUGGAACUUGUGAAAUAAAUCUUCAAAAAAUGAACUUGCUUUGUUCAUUUUAUUGUAAGUGAAACUUUGCCCGAUGUCAAACUGAAAUUGAAAGUGGAAGGCCUACACUAGCAUUUUUUUAAAUUAAAUCUAGUUGUAUUUUUACUAGUUUAGUUACAGUUAUAUAGAGAUAGUGAUAUGACCAUAUCAUGAACAAAGACUUCCAGCAUUUUCAUUGAUAACAGGCAAAUCCCAAGUUUACCUAGGUAUAUGUGGAGCAUUGUGGCCCAGUGGAUUAGUCUCCGGACUUUGAAACAGAGGGUCGUGGGUUCGAAUCCCAGCCAUGGCGUACUUUCCUUCAGCAAGAAAUUUAGCCACAUUGUGCUGCACUCAACCCAGGUGAGGUGAAUGGGUACCUGGCAGGAAUUUAUUCCUUGAAAUGCCGAGCGCUGGAAAGGCUGCUUGAGCUACAGCUGGGGUAAUAAUAUUCAAGUCCUUUGGAAGGGCAUAGAGACGUUAUUCAGUAUGUGUUAUGCGCUAUACAAGAACUGAAUAUUAUUAUUAUGUAUUUUGGUCUGUGGAGAAGGGCGUAUGGCACAACUUGAAUAUUAGUUCUUCUUCUGAUAUACUAUAACAAGGGCUCUAUAUUUUCCAGUGGAAUGCAUAGAAAGUUUUUGCAUUCCCAGUACCCAUGUUUUAGAGUCGCGAGGAAACGGCAUCUAUCAAAGAAUAAAAAUGAGAAAAUUGACAAGUGUUUAUAAUGAGAGUAGAUUUCAUAGCACUUGACAGCCCAAACUGGAUGCUAUGGUAGCAUUUCCCUCAUUAUUUUGUUAAUAAACUUUUUUUUCUGGUCUCAAGGAAAUGAUGGAUAUACACCCCUCCUUCCUAAUUUGAUCACCUACCCUGGUCAUUGUCAUAUAAAUACAAGAGUAUUCAGAUGAUUUUUAUUUGUUUUGUUAGGUUUGCAAUAACUUUCUUUUAAGAACAACAUAUUUGUUGGACAUUAUAAGCUCUUUAUAUUUGUCCCCUUUUACAAUAUUUUUUUUCUGAUCAUCAUUAAUGUGCAUUUUGGAGCAUUUGCUGUGAGAGAAGAUAAAGUCAUUGUUUGUACAUUAAACUCUUUCAGGUUUCUUAUAUGUGCCAAAUGGAUACAAUGAGAAUUUCAAAUCUAAUUAUUUUUUGCUUUGCUUGUCUCAUGUUCAUAAUUUCCUGAAAAAUCAGUAGCAUGUUCAUUUUACAUUUGAAUACAAAGUCAAAUGUAAUUGAAGGAGUAGCUGAAAUUUAAUAAAAGAAAGAUAUAACUUCUGAAUUCUUCCAUGGUGAUGACAAGGGUUUGUCUGGCUCUAAAAAAGAGUUCGCUCAACCUAUUAAUGAGAGAAUAAAAAAAAAAAACAUGUGAAACCUUUAGGAUAUUUAGUCUGAAAUUGUAAGCAAUUUUAAAUGUCUUUAUAAUUAUUUGUAACAUUCUCCAAUGAUGAAAUAUAUUUGAUUUUUGAUACACUAGUCUAAAAAGGUUUCAUGAGGAGCAUAUUCUGGUGAGCUUCAAUGCAAUUUUUUUUUCAUGCCUUUUCAGUUGAACAUGUUGAAUUUCUCCAGCCUUGACAAGUAUGCAAGUUUGUAAAGAAAUGAAAACAUUGCUUUUCUCAGACAUUGUGUUAUAUACUAUAUGAAUAAUUUGACUCUGACAAAUGUAGGAGAAUCUUGUAUAUUUAUUCUUGUGUGAAUAAAUUCUACAAAGGUUUUUAUCUGUAUUUAUGAGCUAUAAUGCAAGAGUUGUGAUGUCUGAAUACCAGAAUAAAUAAUAUCCAAGUUA